AUUUGAUUUAAGAAAAGAAACUUACAUAAAUAGCGUUAUUUACUCAAACUAAUAUGUUUGACUACAAUGUAUCUUGCCUUAAUACAAGGUAUAAAUUCAAUAGAAUCUUUCCGACAACACUACUAAAUCACAAAUUAAAUCAAGAUAUUAUUACGACUGAAAACGUAAAUAUACUUACUUAAUCGUUACUUUAUUACCAAUGUAUUCAAAUCCAAACGUUUCAUGCAUCUUAAAUAAGGAAAAUACCUUAACUAUGUGUUGAAUUGAAUUUUCAGGCUCGUCCGAAUUUGCACUAUAUAAAGUCUUCCCACACCAUACAUCAAAAUAAGAUCUCUUCACCUUUUCUUCUACCUGCAAUAUUAUGGGGUUCACUUUUUUUCUUGCUCUCAUUUGCAUACUCAAUUUAAAUCAAUUUCUCAAAGCAGAAAAUCUUGAUGUAUACAUUGUCCAUGUCGAUCCUGCACAAUCCGACAAUCUCGAAACGUUUUACGAUUCGUUCUUGCCGACGAAUACUAAUUUAGAAGCUGACUCGGCCGUUAUUGACCAGCCGAGAAUAUUGCAUCGCUACCGCAAUGUGUUUUCGGGUUUCGCCGCAAAACUAUCGGCAGCUGAAGUCGAAGCCAUGCGGCAGAAGAAGGGUUUCGUCUCGGCCCGGCCCGAAAGGAUGUUGCCCCUGCACACCACUCAUUCUCCCAGUUUCUUGGGGUUGAGCCAAAACACGGGCCUAUGGGAAAAUUCGAACUACGGCAAAGGAGUCAUCAUCGGUGUUUUGGACACCGGAAUCACGCCGGAGCACCCCUCCUUUUCCGACGAAGGGAUGCCACCGCCGCCGGCAAGAUGGAAGGGCAAAUGCCAGCUCCGUGUGAGAGGUUCGUGCAACAACAAGCUGAUCGGAGCCAGAUACUACUUCGGCAAGUCACCCAUCGACGUCGACGGCCACGGCACGCACACCGCCGGCACCGCAGCCGGGAAUUUCGUCGGGGGCGCCGCGUUAUUUGGCAACGCCAACGGCACGGCCGCCGGGAUCGCGCCCCACGCCCAUGUGGCGAUAUACCAAGCAUGCCAACCCGAGGGAUGCCCGGAGAGUGCCAUCGCCGCCGCCAUGGACGCCGCGAUAGACGACGGCGUCGAUGUACUCUCUAUGUCCCUCGGAGGUGGAUUCGCCCCUUACCCUAACGACGUCAUCGCUAUCGGUGCUUACAGGGCCAUGCAGAGGGGUAUUGUCGUAAGUUGCUCUGCCGGAAACGAGGGCCCUGAUAGCGAGACCCUGACGAACCAAGCCCCGUGGAUUAUGACCGUCGGUGCCAGCACCACCGACCGGAAAAUACUAGUCACCGCAUCGCUCGGCAACGGUGAGAAAAUACACGGCGAAACGGCUAAAGGUUUUCACUCGAUCAAAAAGAAAAAGCUCGUUCACCCUCGAUCGAAUCUUACCGGAACGACGUACUGCGAUACCGACUUCGGCAUCGACGACGUCAGAGGAAAGAUAGUCAUGUGCGACGGUGGUGGAGCGAAGUCGAGAACCGAGAAAGCAGAAGCCGUAAAGAGUGCCGGUGGCGCGGCAAUAAUUCUAGUGAACGACGAAUUAGCAGGCGACACCACGAUGGUCGGUGUAUAUCCUCUUCCAGCAAUUCAAAUCGGUUAUACGGAUGGCCUAAAGAUACAAGCCUACCUAAAUUCAACUUCCAAGCCGAAAGCCACAAUCGCGUUCAAAGGAACUGUUCUAGGGGAUAAUCGAGCUCCGGUUGUUGCCCCGUUUUCCUCUAGAGGUCCUAAUAUAGCGAGCCCCGGGAUUCUGAAGCCCGAUAUUAUCGGGCCCGGAUUUAACAUCCUUGCCGCUUGGCCUAAUUCCAUAUUCCCUAAUACCACAUUCUACAUGAUAUCGGGUACGUCAAUGUCAUGCCCGCAUCUAAGUGGUGUCGCAGCACUGCUCAAAAGCGCGCACCCUGAUUGGUCGCCAGCUGUCAUCAAGUCCGCAAUUAUGACCACAGCCGAUUUUACGAACCGUGCUGGAAAUCCGAUCGAGAACGACAAAAUGCAGCCCGCGGAGCUGUUUGCUAUUGGUUCGGGCCACGUGAACCCUACCCAGGCAAAUGAUCCCGGAUUAGUUUACGAUAUAUCGCCCGACGACUAUAUUCCUUACUUGUGCGGCAUGAAUUUCACGGACAAAGAAGUGAGCGUCGUCGUUCAGCGUAACGUGGAUUGUUCGGACGUAAACAGCAUUAUCGACUCCCAACUGAACUACCCCUCGUUUUCGAUUAUACUUGGAUCGACUCCUCAGAGUUAUACGAGGACGGUGACCAACGUUGGCAAGGCGAAUGCGUCGUUUGACGUGGAGAUCGUUUCGCCUGACGGCGUGAUUGUGCGAGUGGAACCCGAGAGACUUUGGUUUUGGGAAUUGGGCCAGAAAUUGAGCUAUAACGUGACGUUCACUAGAUCGGCAGCCGACGGAGCGACGAAGAAGAACGGUGAAGGGUUUAUAAAAUGGAACUCUGCAGAUCACUCUGUUAGAAGUCCUAUAUCUGUUGUGUUUGUUUAAACUUUGAGUAAUUUUUAUUAUUAACAAUUAAUAGGGUUGGGGUUUAUUUCUUGCAUUUUAAUUUGUUUUCAGUUUAUUUUGUCAUAACACUUUGAAUUAUUGUGAUUUACUAUGAACUUUCUAUUACAUCUUGUUUUAUAUAUCACCUAUGUUGUCACGUUGCAAAAGAAAUCUGGAAUGAAAAAUCCAAAGUGAAUUAAUUACGAACCUACAAAAAUUCCAGUACACCUAUACAGUUGGCUGCGAGUUCCUUCGUUACCAAAAAAUCUAGAAAAACCAAAAGGAUUUGAAUUUGUGGUAAACAAAAUCUAAAGAAAAAUAUGGGAUAAUUCAAUUGUGCUUCAAGAAUUCU